AUGACUUCGAUGGAUGACCCCUUCGUCUCAAAAACGGAGGAGCGUGUUUCCCGUGAUGCGCAUAGGUACUCCUCUUUUGACACGCAGCUGUUCAGUCUGAAUGCACCUUCUCCAGCACAGGCCAAAAGAGCUCUUGAAGCUCAUCUUGCGGAGACAGAGCGCAGACUCGAGGAGGCUUCGAAGCUCGGCACAGCGCUCAUAGAACAGCAGAGAGAGCUCGAGGAAAAGUUGAAAGAGGUAGAACAGCAGCAGGAUGAGAACCAGAUCGGACCGGAUCUGCGCCAGAAGCUCGUGGAACUGGAAAGGGAGUACAAUGAAAUUGGUCGUGAGACUGCCAGAGCCUUCCUGGCUCCGAAACGUCUGGCGGGUGGCGAUGAAGGCCACCUGGGCACGCCCUCUCUUGAUCAAAAGUCGCCACUCAGUCCCGUCCUAUUCGCCAGCCAGGCGACCAACUCUCCCAGCAAGGUGAGCGUUCCGUCACGGAAACAACGAAACCAGCCCUCUAGCCGGGUCCAUGACAUUGAAUUCGCGACCGAGAUUUCUACUUCCCUCCUGGCCCAGGUUCGUCAAUUGCAGGCCAUGCUCGCUGAGCGCGAGGAGGCGUUGAAGAAUGCCAAUCUUGAAAAAUCACGGCUGGAGCUGGAGGCAGAAGGGUACGCGCAGCGAAUCCGGGCGCUGGAUGAGAGCGAGGAGCGCUACAAAGACGAGAAUUGGAAUCUCGAAACUCGAACUCAUGAGCUUAUGACCGCGAUGAAGGAGGCCGCCGAUCGCGAAAACAGGCUAAACAGCGCCCUCGGUACCGUCACGUCAGAGAAGAACGCUAUUGAACGGGAGCUGGAAGAGUUGAAACAGGCCAAUGCUCGGUUGAUCGAGGAACAGGCCGCUACUCAGAAAGCCAAUGAUGCUGAGAUUCACCUCUUGCGCAGGAACCUCAAUGCAGGAGAUGCCGAGAAGCUUGCCCUUCACAAGAAGCUCGAGGAGUUAAACUCCCAGAACGAAGAGCUUGCCAAAGUGGUUGCGAUGCGCCUUCGUCAGCAGGAAGCGCAAGCCACGCUCGACGUGCCACGAGACCGUCAUUCUUCGGACGACGACCAAGCCACGCCAGAGAACUCACCACCACCGUCUCCGAACAAGUUCACACCGCGUCACAAUCACCUAGAGACCGAAACACUGCGCAGUUCCCUCGGCCAUGCUCAUCGUAUGAUACAAAAUCUCAAGAGUACAAUUCAUCGCGAGAAGACCGAAAAGAUCGAAUUGAAGCGUAUGCUACAAGAGGCCCGGGAUGAGAUCGAACAACGUCGUCGUGAAGCUGUUGCCCCGGCAGGUCCGUCCAACAAACGUCAAAAGACCAAGCCAGAUGCCUUCAGAAAACCUGCGAGACCGGAUCUGCUCGGAGCUGGCCGCAAGGGGAAGACCGAGAUCGAGAUCCAAGACGCAGAGUGGGAGGACAACGCCGUAGAUGCCACCCCGACACGUCACGCUUCGACCUCGCUGACUCGCGACCGUUCCGUUGAACAAUCCUCUGGCUACCCCAGCGACGCUUACCACACUGCUACCGAGGCCGACGAUGCAUUUGAGACUGCCAACGAGCGGGAAACUGCAACUGAAAGCGAAGCCUUCCAGACUGGCAUAGAGAGCAUGGCUGAUGGCAGUUCUGACACUGAUGAGCUGACUGAGACUGAGAAUACUGUACAGAGGACCCCUCGCCUACGUGUUUCUUCAUCCUUGAUCAUGGCCAAGGCUCGUGACCGGUCUUCAUAUCACAGCACGGCAUCCACUUCUGCAGAUGAAGACGAAGGAGUUGAUGAAGUUCUCGCCUCCCCCAGUCAAGCACACGCUCCCAGGUACAGGCUUAGGAAGAAGAGGAGUGUUCUCAGAAAAAUCCGUCCGUCUGGGGAGGCCCCUAUGGCUUACAGUAGCCGGCCUUCGAGUGCACGAGAGUCGCCUGCGACAAGCUUCAACCAAGAUUCGGUUCCCCCAGAAGGACACAGUCUUUUCGAGGAACUUGCAGAACUUGAAGGCGGCGAGGAUGAAGACGGAACUUUUGGCGCUAACUCCCAGGCAUCCACUCCCCGUAUGCUUCCUACGGCUGAUUCGCGCAGACCAUCGGAGGCCAUUCUGGACGUACCGGCCAAGCCGACGAUGGUCGAUUCAGGCAUGAUGACCGAUCCCUGGCAGCCUACGGAGUCUGCUACUCCUGUAAUUGCCGGGGUUGAAGAGGCUGUGCUUGUUGCACCAGCCACGCCAACGAGGGCAACUGCAUCCAGUGCUGAAGCCGGCAAGACCACCAACGAGCCACCCAAACUGGUCAAUUCUGCGACCCAGUGGACACCACUCAAGUCAGGCGCCGAGUCAAAUGGUGAUCAAGUACCCAGUGUGCCGACCCCACCGAAGAUGGCCUGGGAUGAUGCAUCAGGCGCGGAGCGGGAGAUGGCCAGUGUUCCUGCACCUCCAGUCGCUGAGCUAGACUUCUCGUCGAUUUCGUCCCAGGAGACCUCGCCACUGGCUCCUGUAUUACCGCAAUUGACUACAUCGUACUUCAUCGGCGGAGUAACUGAACCGGUUGCACUUCCUUCUUUGCUGCCGCGGGAGCUGUCUUUGUCCUCCAUAUCCUCUCAGUCUACAGAGCCUCUCAUGGCACGACUUCCAGGACCUGAGCAUGUAUACUCUCCCCAGAUGGUCGUCUCAACUGUCUUCUCGGAACAUACGGUUCCUGUUGCCGUUACUCUUCCCGAGCCAGAACCAAUGCCUGUUUUGUCUUUUGCGGACCACGCUACGAACACGGAGACGCCACAACUAGAUGUUUCGACUAUCUUCUCGGAACAUACCCUACCCGUUGCUGCAGCACUCCCUGAGCCCGAACCUUUACCUAUUAUCUCUGUUGCAGACCACUCUACAAGCACGGAGUCUCCGGAGCUAGAGAUUUCUUCGAUAUUGGCUGAGCAGACCGAACCUAUCGCAGCUCUUCUACCCAAAUCACUUUCCGAACCAGAGCCUGUUGUGAUUGUUGAAGAUAAGGUGGUGCAGUCUGAGAGCGCGAAACUGGAUAUCUCCCAUAUCAGCUCAGCCUCUACUGAGCCAGUUGCACCACAACUCCGCGAAUGGCCAGUUCCUCGACUACCUGAGCUCUCAUAUUCGUCAAUCCGGUCGGUAGAGACGCUUCCCGUGGGAGGCACUUCACCUGUUGCGAUCAUUCCCGGUCUGCAGCUGGCCGAUGAGAAUAUACCUCCGGCGUACUUGAGGGAUGCCGUGCAAGAAAACCGGCCUACGGAUUCCAUGUCCAUCGCUAGGGAUAUCCCAAGCGAAGAUGCAGUUGCUGACACAGAAGACGGAAAGUCCGGUGCCGCCAUACCGUUGGGCACUAUCUCUGGCAACGCCGUUACACGCGACAGGAGACGCCAAUCCAACCAGGCUGAUUCCGGUGCCCAGACAAUAUUGUCAUCGAAACAAAUUGAUCAGAUUCUGAUGGAACGUGUCUCGUCGCGCCCAUUGUCUCCUCCUGAUAGUGACAAAGCCAAGGAAGCUGGACCGUCGCCCUUUGCAACGCCAAAGGCGCGUCCUCGUCCCACUCAACAUGCCUCGACGACAUCUCUCCAAUCUGCUCAACGUCGUCCAGGGAGCUCUACGAGCUUAUCCUCUAGUGUGCACAGCCUCAGCCAUCCACCAUUACCAGUGGACCACCGGGAAGCUAUCAUGGCAGCCGAAAAGAAGUCCUUAGAGCAACGGCCCCCGUCUCCUGGUUUGAUGGGUCCUCCGCUGGCGCCGGCUUCCGCAUACCGAUCAAACUCUACCCAGCGCCCACGGACUCCGAACGAAUCUGGCAUUCAGGUUCAUUCCUCCAAGCCAAACAUUUCGCGGGCGCAGUUCAGACGCGAAAGUCAAGUGUCCCGCAGAUCAUCCGUUUCUUCAUUUGCAUCAGAGCUUGAAGAACGGUUCAACAUCCAAGCCUAUGCCAAUCAGAUGCCCAACGGUUACGCAGCGGGAACAGAUCCUCGCAUGAUACAGGCAAUCACCCAGACCAUGAUCGGCGAGUUCCUCUGGAAGUAUACUAGAAGGACUGUGACUGGAGAGGUCUCUAACACAAGGCACCGCCGUUACUUCUGGGUUCAUCCAUACACCAGGACGUUGUACUGGAGUGAACAGGACCCACAAACUGCUGGGAAGAAUCAAUUGCGGACGAAGAGUGUGCCGAUUGAGGCUGUCCGAGUCGUUGCUGACGACAACCCUUAUCCGCCAGGUCUUCAUUGCCGAAGCUUAGAAGUCGUCAGUCCAGGCCGCCGGGUCCGAUUUACGGCCACAACUAGCCAGAGACAUGAGACUUGGUUCAAUGCGCUCUCGUAUCUUCUACUUCGAAACUCGGACGAAUCUGGGGAAGGCCAGGAUAAUAACGUCACGCUGGAAGAUAUCGACGAGUUCAAUCCCGGAUUCCGUUCGCAGUCCCAGCAGUCCACGCGCAUGUCCUUUUCCUCGUCGCGGAGCCGUACUGUCCGCAAUGUGCCCAAGCAGCGUGCUGCCUCCUCCAUGUCUGUACGGCAGGCCGUAACCCCGGGCCGUGUAUCACCCGCGCUGAGCGCACCGUCACAGGGAUCGGGCCUUCAGGUUCCUGAUGACGGCCGACAGGGGUCGACAUCCCGUCUCAGCACGAUCCUCAAUACAACGAUUAAGGGAUCUUUUGGUCGUAAAGGCCGGCCGGGCUAUGCCACCUCCAGUAUCCACGAAGGGAGUCUUCAUGCGGACAGCCUGCACGAGCGCGAUAGCGAAGAAGACUUUCGGCGUAUGAUGGAACAAGAUUCCGAUCGGCUGGAGAACGUCCGCGCUUGCUGCGAUGGCAAGCACGAUGUCAGUUCACUUUCAAGGACGAGUCGUUAUAGCCCACGCGUCAAUCGAAUCCACUCGCAUCACUGA